GGAAGGGAGGGAGAACGUGUACGCCCCAGGCCUCCGUAACCAUGGCUGCGAGGGGCGGGGACUGGGAGCGCGGGUCCUGGGCCGGGGUGGGGCUGGGAGGAAUCGGUCCUCCACUGUCCCAGCCGGCCCCGCGCCGGCGUGUCGCCUCCCGUCCCCCUAGCAGCGCGCUGCGUGGCUGCUCGCUGGCUAUUUAGGACGGAAGCUCGGUUGGUGUUUCUCCAGAAGUUUCCCCCUUGGGCGGCCGUGGAGGUGGUAACCGUAAUAGUAGCAGCUCCGGCGGCAGCAACAGCGACUACGAGGGAUGGCGGCGGCUGCAGCAGGAACUGCAACAUCCCAGAGGUUUUUCCAGAGCUUCUCGGAUGCCCUAAUCGACGAGGACCCCCAGGCGGCGUUAGAGGAGCUGACUAAGGCUUUGGAACAGAAACCAGAUGAUGCACAGUAUUAUUGUCAAAGAGCUUAUUGUCACAUUCUUCUCGGGAAUUACUGUGUUGCUGUUGCUGAUGCAAAGAAGUCUCUAGAACUCAAUCCAAAUAAUUCCACUGCUAUGCUGAGAAAAGGAAUAUGUGAAUACCAUGAAAAAAACUAUGCUGCUGCCCUAGAAACUUUUACAGAAGGACAAAAAUUAGAUAUAGAGACGGGGUUUCAUCGUGUUGGCCAGGCUGGUCUCCAACUCUUGACCUCAAGUGAUCCACCUGCCUUGGACUCCCAAAGUGCUGGGAUUACAGGUGCAGAUGCUAAUUUCAGUGUCUGGAUUAAAAGGUGUCAAGAAGCUCAGAAUGGCUCAGAAUCUGAGGUGUGGACUCAUCAGUCAAAAAUCAAGUAUGACUGGUAUCAAACAGAAUCUCAAGUAGUCAUUACACUUAUGAUCAAGAAUGUUCAGAAGAAUGAUGUAAAUGUGGAAUUUUCAGAAAAAGAGUUGUCUGCUUUGGUUAAACUUCCUUCUGGAGAGGAUUACAAUUUGAAACUGGAACUUCUUCAUCCUAUAAUACCAGAACAGAGCACGUUUAAAGUACUUUCAACAAAGAUUGAAAUUAAACUGAAAAAGCCAGAGGCUGUGAGAUGGGAAAAGCUAGAGGGGCAAGGAGAUGUGCCUACGCCAAAACAAUUCGUAGCAGAUGUAAAGAACCUAUAUCCAUCAUCAUCUCCUUAUACAAGAAAUUGGGAUAAAUUGGUUGGUGAGAUCAAAGAAGAAGAAAAGAAUGAGAAGUUGGAGGGAGAUGCAGCUUUAAACAGAUUAUUUCAGCAGAUCUAUUCAGAUGGUUCUGAUGAAGUGAAACGUGCCAUGAACAAAUCCUUUAUGGAGUCGGGUGGUACAGUUUUGAGUACCAACUGGUCUGAUGUAGGUAAAAGGAAAGUUGAAAUCAAUCCUCCUGAUGAUAUGGAAUGGAAAAAGUACUAAAUAAAUUAAUUUGCUCUCA